UGGCCGGUAUCGAUGCGGUCAUACAACUUUUAAGAACCCAAAAACGUUUUGAAAUUGCUAACAAAAAUCGAAAAAUCACACAGGAUGGAGCGCGAAAUAGCGCACAACUUGUCCGGCGGCGAGCAGCGCACCAACGAUGUGGCACCUGGUCAGGUGAAAACCUUUGCCGAACUUAGCUUAAGCCGGAUCCUACUGAGAGGCUUAAAGCGCCACAAUUUUGUGACGCCAACGAAGAUUCAGGCGGCUGCCAUUCCAAUGGCACUGAGUAAUAUAGAUCUACUUGUACAAUCAAAGAGUGGAACUGGUAAGACACUCAUCUACGUCAUUACUGCCAUGCAGAGCUACCAUGCCAAAAUGUCGCGACCUCAUGCCUUGAUUGUGGUUCCAACUCGAGAGCUGGCCAUCCAGGUGCAAGACACAUUUUUCUACCUUUGCGAGUUCUAUCCCGACUUCAAAUCUGCUGCUUUUAUUGGAGGCACCGAUGUGACCAAAGAUCGCAAGCGGAUCCAGAAUAGUCGCAUUAUUAUCGGAACUCCAGGACGUCUGCUGCAUCUGUAUCAAAAUCGUGUUUUAGAUGUCUCGAAGCUGAAACUGCUUGUCUUAGACGAAGCCGAUCAACUGUAUCAGACAAAGAGCCUCCAGGAUACGGUGAAUCAACUUAUAGAAGUCUUGCCCAAAAACCGCCAAAUUAUAGCCUGUAGUGCAACCUAUGAUCAAGAUUUAGAUGAACGUCUGGCCAAGAUCAUGACCAAGCCCAUGCUUAUAUCGAAUUCCGAAAGGGCCACUGUAUUGUUGGGUAUCCGGCAGUUUGUCUACGAGCUGCCACAACAGACCAAUAGUGCGGAGGAAAUGCGUCUCAAGCUGGAGGUACUUGCCCAAAUCUUUAACCAGUUGCCCUAUGAACAGGCCGUCCUAUUCGCCAGCUCCCAGAUGCGAGCAGAUUCCUAUAGGAACUACCUAACUGCCAGUGGUGUCCAGUGCAAUUUAAUCUCAGGAGCUAUGGAUCAAUCAGAGCGCUUGAAUGUCUUUGAAGGAUAUAGAAACUUCACGAUGCGCAUUUUGGUGGCCACCGAUUUGAUGGCACGCGGUGUGGAUUCGCCGCAUGCCAAUCUGGUUAUAAAUCUUGAUCCACCACAGGAUCAUGUCACCUAUCUGCAUCGCAUUGGUCGAGCUGGUAGAUUUGGGUCUAAGGGAAUAGCCAUCACUUUCAUUGCCUCCCAAAAGGAGAGCCAGAAAUUUAAGCAAAUGUCCCAGAAAAUAGCUACGGCUUGGUCUGUCCUUGAGUUUCCAAAAGAGCCAAUGCCAAAGGAGUUUAAUUUCUGGGAUUUCGAUAAAUACAAUUUCGGAUAUUACAUCAAGGAGGACAACCCGCUGCAGGAAAUGCCUGAAAAACGGAAGUAUAGUCUUCAAAAUGGGGAAGAGGAGAAAGUUUUGGACAAAACUGAAAAACCAGAGGCCUUAGAAAAUCGUAAAAAGUUGGAAAAGGAUUUAAAUAAAUCUCGAAUUGGUGGAGAAAAAUUACCUGAAGCCUUAGAAAACGUUGAUAAACAAAUUAUAGAUAAUAAAAAAAAUAUUGAGACUAAAGAAAAGAUGGACUUGGACAACCUACCAAGUACCUCACAGAAAAAUAAGAAUACUAAUUUAUCAAAACAAUCUAAAAUGGAAAUUUCAAAGCAAGCCAAAAAAGUUCCUUUGGCCGAAGAGGAGGCCUUAAAAAUGUAUGAAACUUCAACAACGAAACAGGAUAAACCAAAUAGGUCUAUCAAUCCAUCCAAAUUAUUUACAGAUGCUUUAGCAGGGAUCGAGAAACAAAAUACUGAAGAUGAAAGGCUGCUCACGCCAGUGAUUACAGUAAAUGAAUAUUAUAAAGAUGAUACAAGUUAUAAAUCAACGGGGAACAAAGAGAAUCAACCUGAUAAUGGAACAGGCUGUCCUCUUCAGAUAAAGAACAUCCUAAACGCAGGAGAAAUCACAUCGCCCGAACUAACACCUAACCUAACCCAGGAGCCAUCGCCAACCACUGUGACACCACCUGCUCCGCCAGUCAAUUCGAUUAACAACAAGACCUAUUGCCUGGCUGCUCCCACGCAGACCAGUUCGAUGACUAUCCAAAACAUGGUCAUAUCGAAUACCGUGGACGAUGCCAGCAGCAUCAGUUCGGAUAGCAUGGGAUGUGGCUAUCACAGUGAUAAAUCCUACGAUACCAUCUAUACAACCAGUGAUGAGGAGCUCAUCUGGGAGAGAUUUGAGACUAACCAGAAGCGUAAGCUGAAGAAAAGCAAGGCAAAACGCCGUCAGCUGUUGUACCAGAAACAGCAGCCUGAACCAAAGUCCAACCUGAAUGUUAGGCGUAAACCUAUACCAAUGACACCUAAGCUAUAUACAAAUAUAUCACUUUUGACUGGCGGAAAUCUGUAUCAUCUUCUUAAGAAAUUCAAAAAUCGUGAACGAAUUUUAGAAAAGCUGCAGGACUUGCGAAGGAAAGAAAAUAUGAAUAAUACAAAGGCUGCCAUCUUACUGGACAAGUUUUAUGCCACCAUGCUGUCAAUUUAUUAUGACAAUCCCAUGGAGUCGAAUAAGAAAGUAUUACAGUCCCUAAAAGAGGAUUUAGUGUCCAUUGGAUAUAGUCCGAGUCAGGAAUCUUUGUUAUUAGAAAACCCGGAGCCACAGAACAAGCUGAGCGUGCAUAUUACCAAUCGAAUGGACAUUCCACCUUUACCACAAGCUGUCGUGGCUGAAGUGGCUUUAAGGAGUGGAUCCGAGUCAGUAGCUUCCGAGGACUUCGGCAAUGAAGAAGAUGACUAUGAUGAUGAUGAGGACGAUUUAAGCGACGAGGAACACAAUUCAUCGAGCGGCUUUGUAGAGAGCACAGAUAGUGCUUCGUCCGGUAUAGAUACCUCAGUUUACGAAACAGAACCAUCUACCUAUACCUCGGAUAAUUCUGAUAGUGAAUCUGAUUAUCUUUUUGAUGUCACCGCGGAUGAUAGUGCAUCGGAUGAUGAGAAUGCUAGCAACGUCAGCUUGGCCGGAUCAAGCUCUAAGGGCUCUGUCGAACUAACCAGCACCGGCGAGUCUUCGGAUGAUGAAUCGAUUACUGUGACUAACGCCUUUCCAGUACAGAGCCUUGCAAAUAGUGCCCAGUCUAUGUGGGUGAAAACUUUCAACACGCAGUACCAAUUCAUAGCCAACCAUGUGGCCAAUCACUUUAAAAACUCUAACUAAAUUGCUGUGAAGGCGAAACUAGUCGAAACUCAGGCAUUAUAAUUAACUAAUAACUUCGGUCAGAAACAAAAUGGAACAGUUCCAAGAGGCUGUAUCAGUCUCUUUCUCUCUCACUCUUUACAUCCUUAUAUCCUAGUCUGUUAACACUUUUUCUUUCACUUGAAUACUCAAUAUCAAGAUAGUUGAUAAACCUAAACUUGUUAUAGAUUUUGGAAUACGAACAAUGAAUGUUUUGUAUGCAAACAAUAAAGUGCAGAAUUUGUUACCAAAAAUAAAUGAAAUAUAAAACGAA